AUGUCUACAGAAGACAUAAAUCAGUCUAUCCUCAUUCUCGGAGGCGGCUGUUUCGGUUUGGCGACGGCGUUUGAACUAGCUCAAAAGGGCUACAAGCACAUCACAAUUCUCGAGAAAGAUGUUGAUGUACCAAGCCGCUUCUCCGCUGCCUAUGAUCUCAACAAGGUCAUCCGUGCCGAGUAUGCCGAUGACUUUUACACCCAAUUAGCUCUCGACGCGAUUCGAAAAUGGCAAUCAGAUCCCCUCUAUUCUCCUCACUAUCAUCAAACCGGCUUUCUCAAUGUCACGUCCGGGAAGGCCGCACAGAACACAAAAGGCGCAGUGGAGAGCUAUUUCCAAUCGCUCCAGAAGAACCCAGCUUUCAAUGGCCAAACCGUCCGUGUGAAUAGCAGCAAAGAGAUCAAGAAGCUCGUUCCCAAGUUCAGUGGCCCUCUUACCGGCUUCACCGGAUAUCACAACAAGCUCGCGGGCUACGGCCACUCGGCUAAUGCGUUGAGAGCUGUGUACGAGCAGUGCCUCAAGCUCGGCGUCAAGUUCCAUCUUGGAACGAAAGAUGGUGAAGUCGACUCAUUGCUGUAUGCGUCAAGUCGCGAGGGGACGAAGUGUAUAGGUGCCAGGACACGCGGAGGCACCAUCCACUCAGCAGACAAGACCAUCGUCGCUUUAGGUGCUGACGCCGCCAACAUCCUCCCACGUAUUGGAAAACAAAUGACCGGUCGAGCAUGGGGUGUCGCGCAUAUCCAACUCACAGACAAAGAAGCCGCCGAACUCAAGGGCAUCCCAGUCACCAACGUCCGCGACCUCGCCUUCUUCUUCGAGCCCGACCUGAAAACCAAGAAGCUCAAAUUCUGCCACAUGGGCGGCGCCUUCACAAACUACGCCUUCUCCAAGGACGGUCUCUCCAUCCCCUUCCCCGAACUAGCAGAUUCACAAUUCAUGCCUCUCGAGGACGAAACGCACAUCCGUCUUCUUCUCAAGGAGGUCUUCCCUCAACUGGCUGACAGACCUCUGAUUGAUCAGCAUCUGUGCUGGUUCGCUGACACGGAUGAUUCGGACUUCAUCAUCGACUACGUCCCUGGUACUAAUGCGACUUUGGCGGUGUUGAGUGGUGAUAGUGGACAUGGGUUUAAGAUGUUGCCGAUAUUUGGGCAGUUUGUGCAUAAGCUGCUUGUGGAGGAGAAGCAGAGUCAGGCGAAGUGGCAGUGGAAGGAUAGUAAACCCAAGGCUGCGGCUGUGUGGAGGAGUAGUGAGAGUCAAGAGCUAGCUGCUGUUCCUCGGGCGAAGUUGUAG